GGGAGGGGGCGGCACUUCCGGUCGGGCCCUCGGGUCUCCCCCGAGCGGCGGCGCCUCCUCCGCCUCCUCGGCCUCCUCCCGGCGGAGACCCCGGCGCCGGGUCUCCCGUCUCCCACACCGCCCGAGAUGGAGGCGAACCCAGCGGGCAGCGGCGCCGGGGGCGGCGGGAGCAGCGGCCUAGGGGGCGAGGACGGGGUGCACUUCCAGAGCUACCCCUUCGACUUCCUGGAGUUCCUCAACCACCAGCGUUUCGAGCCCAUGGAGCUCUACGGGGAGCACGCCAAGGCGGUGGCGGCCCUGCCCUGCACCCCCGGGCCCCCGCCGCCGCCGCCGCCGCCGCCGCCGCCGCAGUACGACUACCCGCCCCAGGCCACCUUCAAGCCCAAGGCGGAGGCGCCGUCCUCGUCCUCCUCGUCCUCCUCGUCGUCGUCGUCCUCCUCCUCCCAAGCCAAGAAGUCCGACCCGCCCCUGCCGCCCGCCUUCGGGGCGCCGCCGCCCCCCCUCUUUGACGCCGCCUUCCCCGCCCCGCAGUGGGGCAUCGUCGACCUCUCGGGACACCAGCACCUGUUUGGGAACCUGAAACGCGGAGGGCCCGCGUCCGGGUCGGGGGCGACGCCGGGGCUGGCCGCUCCCGCGGGGACCCCCGGGCCGCUGCCCGCCCCCUCGCAGACGCCCCCGGGACCCGCCGCGGGGGCGGCCUGCGACCCCAGCAAGGACGACAAGGGCUACUUCCGGAGGCUGAAGUACCUGAUGGAGCGGCGCUUCCCGUGCGGCGUGUGCCAGAAGUCCUUCAAGCAGUCCUCGCACCUGGUCCAGCACAUGCUGGUGCACUCGGGGGAGAGGCCCUACGAGUGCGGCGUCUGCGGCCGCACCUACAACCACGUCUCCAGCCUCAUCCGCCACCGCCGCUGCCACAAGGACGUGCCGCCCGCCGCCGGGGGCCCGCCGCAGCCGGGCGCGCCCCUCCCGCCGCUGGGGCUCCCCCCGCCCGCGGCCAGCGCGCCCGCCCCCGCCCCCGCGUCCUCGGGCCCUCCGGUCACCCCCGCCGCGCCCGCCGCCGCCUCCGCGGACGGGAACUCGGCCCCCGCCGCCCCCGCGGGUGUGGGGGCGCCCCCUCCGGCGGCGGGGGGCGGCGAGGGCCCCUUUGCCUGCCCGCUUUGCUGGAAGGUCUUCAAGAAGCCCAGCCACCUGCACCAGCACCAGAUCAUCCACACGGGCGAGAAGCCCUUCUCGUGCUCCGUGUGCAGCAAGAGCUUCAACCGCAGGGAGAGCCUCAAGCGGCACGUGAAGACGCACUCGGCCGACCUGCUGCGCCUGCCCUGCGGCAUCUGCGGGAAGGCCUUCCGCGACGCCGCCUACCUCCUCAAGCACCAGGCGGCCCACGCGGCGGCGGGCGCGGCGGGGCCCCGGCCCGUGUACCCCUGCGACCUGUGCGGCAAGUCCUACUCGGCGCCCCAGAGCCUGCUCCGGCACAAGGCCGCCCACGCCCCGCCUGCCGCCCCCGACGCGCCGAAGGACGGGGUGGCCUCGGUGCCGCAGCCCCCGCCCACCUUCCCCCCGGGCCCCUAUCUCCUGCCCCCUGACCCUCCCGCCACGGACAGCGAGAAGGCGGCGGCCGCCGCGGCGGCCGUGGUGUAUGGCGCCGUGCCCGUCCCCCUCCUGGGGGCCCACCCGCUGCUGCUCGGCGGGGCCGGGACCAGCGGGGCGGGGGGCUCCGGUGCCAGCGUCCCCGGAAAGACGUUCUGCUGCGGCAUCUGCGGGCGUGGCUUUGGGCGCCGGGAGACCCUGAAGCGCCAUGAGCGCAUCCACACCGGCGAGAAGCCCCACCAGUGCCCGGUGUGCGGGAAGCGCUUCCGGGAGUCCUUCCACCUGAGCAAACACCACGUGGUGCACACGCGCGAGCGCCCCUACAAGUGCGAGCUCUGUGGCAAGGUCUUCGGCUACCCGCAGAGCCUCACCCGCCACCGCCAGGUGCACCGGCUGCAGUUGCCCUGCGCCCUGGCCGGGGCCGCCGGCCUCCCGGCCACCCAGGGCGCGCCGGGGACCUGCGGCCCGGGCGGCUCGGCCACGUCCGCGGGGGCCGCCGACGGACUGAGCUAUGCUUGCUCGGACUGUGGCGAGCACUUCCCGGAUCUCUUCCACGUCAUGAGCCACAAGGAGGCCCACAUGGCGGAGAAGCCCUACGGCUGCGAUGCCUGCGGCAAGACGUUUGGCUUCAUCGAGAACCUCAUGUGGCACAAGCUGGUCCACCAGGCGGCCCCGGAGCGCCUGCUCCCGCCUGCGCCUGGCGGCCCGCAGCCCCCGGAUGGCUCCGGCAGCACGGAUGCGGCCAGUGUGCUGGACAACGGGCUGGCGGGAGAGGUGGGGGCGGCCGUGGCGGCGCUGGCUGGGGUGUCUGGGGGCGAUGACGCCAGCGGGGCGGCGGCGGCCGGGGGCGGUGGGGGUGCCAGCUCGGGCCCGGAGCGCUUCAGCUGCGCCACGUGCGGCCAGAGCUUCAAGCACUUCCUGGGCCUGGUGACGCACAAAUACGUGCACCUGGUGCGGCGGACCCUGGGCUGCGGUCUCUGCGGCCAGAGCUUCGCGGGCGCCUAUGACCUGCUGCUGCACCGCCGCAGCCACCGGCAGAAGCGCGGCUUCCGCUGCCCGGUGUGCGGCAAGCGCUUCUGGGAGGCGGCCCUGCUGAUGCGCCACCAGCGCUGCCACACGGAGCAGCGGCCCUACCGGUGCGGCGUGUGCGGCCGAGGCUUCCUGCGCUCCUGGUACCUGCGGCAGCACCGCGUGGUGCACACGGGCGAGCGGGCCUUCAAGUGCGGCGUGUGCGCCAAGCGCUUCGCGCAGUCGUCCAGCCUGGCAGAGCACCGGCGGCUGCAUGCGGUGGCCCGGCCCCAGCGCUGCGGCGCCUGCGGCAAGACCUUCCGCUACCGCUCCAACCUGCUGGAGCACCAGCGGCUGCACCUGGGCGAGCGCGCCUACCGCUGCGAGCACUGCGGCAAGGGCUUCUUCUACCUGAGCUCCGUGCUGCGCCACCAGCGCGCCCACGAGCCGCCGCGGCCCGAGCUCCGCUGUCCCGCCUGCCUCAAGGCCUUCAAGGAUCCCGGCUACUUCCGCAAGCACCUGGCGGCCCACCAGGGCGGCCGGCCCUUCCGCUGCUCCUCCUGCGGCGAGGGCUUCGCCAACACCUACGGCCUCAAGAAACACCGCCUGGCCCACAAGGCCGAGGGCCUGGGGGGGCCGGGAACAGGGGCAGGCACCUUGGCCGGGAAGGAUGCCUGACCACAGGGUUUCCCGUCUGCCACUCCAGUCAGAUGUCCCCUUCCGGACUGGCCCGUCCCCGGCCUAUCAGACUCUUCCCCCUCCUUGCUGUUGUCCCAUUCAUCCUUCAGACCUUCAGACAGACUAGCCUCUUCAAGGCCCAUGCCGUACAAACUCAAGACUGAAUCACUCCCAUCCGGGACCUCUCUGGCCCUCCUCUCAUCCCACCAGACACUGAACUUGAUCCUCUGUCCAACCCCGUGUUGUAACCCUCAUCGGCCCCCUGCCCCCGUGGCAUUCUGUCCCCCAUAAGCCUCGGUGGAGAUGGGUCUGAACUGCCCCUCCCUGUUCUUCUGGGCUCUGGCGGGACAGUGGAAUAUGAGCGGAGUUGGGAGGGUCAAGGGGGGACUGGGUGCUCUUUUGGAUUGUGGGGGUGGGGGGCGGGGUGGCAGACGAGGCUUCUACAGAGCGGAGAAUAAUAAAUCUUAUCACCGGGCCGCUGGAGUCCUUUCUUGCAUCCCAGGGAAAGGGGAUUAAGUGCUGGCAAAAGGAAGGUUGAGAACUUGUCUCCCAGGAAUUUUGAUUCCCCGGCCCCCUCUGCCUCACCCUCAGGCUCUCUGCUUUUCCUCGUUCACCGGGUAUUUAUUGAGGAUUUACCACAGCCAAGCUUUAAAGUCUGUGAGUCAGGCAAAUGGGGCAUGAACAAGACAGGUAAGUCUCUGUUCUCAGGAACUGACGACGUGCCUGGACUCCUUUCCCUUCAAGAUGCUUUCAGCAUUUGUUCACUCGGCCCCUUUUCCUGAAGCUGGACACUGGGGAAACAUGAGUUAGACAUGCUUCUGGUCCUCGAGAGAUGGAAGAGAACUCCUGGUGAACCACUGCUGCGGGGCAGCCAUGGGUGGACUCAUAUUUAUGAUAAAGCUCGCUCAUAGCACCUGUGCCUCCAGGAUGAUUUGGGAGAGCUUCAAAAUAUAGUGAGCUAUAUGCCCUGCGACGUGUGUUUAGUUAUCCCAUUUGUCAGAGGAGGAGGCUGGGAUCCUGGAGAAGACAGAGGCCCCGAGGACACCUAGCAAAUCCGUAGUGGAACCAGGACUGCGGUCCCAGGCUGUCUCCACGCUGACACCUGAAGGCAGAGCCCGUUCAAGGGGCACUGCCUGGCUGAGUCCUGUUUGACCCCCAAGAGGGCGGCAACCCAGUGUGGCCACCAUGCUCUGACGCUGAAGACCCAGCGUGAGACAGACCUCGUGCCAGGGCCCCGGGGCUCAAAAGUCCCGGGGAUGUGGAGCAAUGCACGCUAAAAGACGUGAGAGCACAGAGCAGUCACCUGAUCAGACUGGGGGGCAAACAAGCCUCCCGGAGGAGGAGUUAUGCCUGAACGAUGAUGCAAAGCCACGGGGCUUACCAGGUAAAGUGAGCAGAGGAUUUCAGGUGGAGGGUUUGGUGAGUCUGACUAAACCUAGCUCUUCCAGAGUUUCAAAUAGAUUGGUAUGGCUGGAGUGGUGGGGUGUGGGAGGCUGGAUCCUGAAGGGCCUUGAAUUCCAAAUGGAGGAGGCUGGAUGGUCACGUAGGCCAGAGGCUGGAAGCUGGCAGCUGCCAGGCUGGACUCAAACCACUGACAUGUUUUGUUUAACCCGUGCAUUAAAAAAAAAUAAAGUUUGAUUUAGUUGCCAACAUUUGAUAAUCACAAGAUUUUACAUAAUAUGAACUAAUGCAACUUCUGACAAAUUUGGAAGAUCUAGCAACACAGUUCGCAUCUGCCCGGAACUGAGCAGCCUUUUCCCUCUUCAGGCAGGGCACACACUUUCCAGUCUGCCAAUUCCCACCACUCUUCGAAUCCCAACACUGAGCCCACGUGCCAUAUUUCACUUCGCCCGUGUUGGUAUUUUCCCCUUGAACCCGGCCACCUUCCUCACUGAUUUCCAUUGCCACGCAGAUCCUACAGGGAUUUGUUUCUUCUCAAAGCCACAAGGAGCUGUGGGUUGGUGACAAGCCCGGGAUCCAUUUUUGAAAGAUCCAUGUGGCUGCGGUAUGGGGAAUGAAGAGGGCAGGCCUUGGAGGCUGGGCUGCUGGACAGUUAUCCAGAUGCUGAGACCACUGUUCGCUUGGUCUACGAGAGUAGUGAUGAUGAGAAGAAGUGUUCAGAUUCCAAAGAUAUUUAACUGGAUCAACAGCAGGAACUUGAUAAGGGAUUAGAUAAGUGGAUGAGGGAUGAAGGCUUAAGGGACCUGCCAGCUUUCUAGCUUGGGUGGUGAUGCCAAUGAGAUAGGAAACAUGGACGUUUGUUUGAGUUCUGUUCACUUAUGACUUGUCUAUGGGAUAUCUUGUGGGGGGUGUUGGGCAAACAGGAAAGUGUGCAAAUCCGAAGCUUUCCCUCCUUAAUAAACACACUGAUCAUGGGAGUGCCUUCCUUUUGCCAAACUUUCUCUGGCCCCCCACUCCCAUAGCGAACCGCAUAACAUCUCUGAAUAGCCAGAUGUUGUCCACGCCCAUUCUAAAGAUAAGGAAACAGGUUUGGGGAGAGGUAUUCUGCAAUUCACUGUUGGUGGCAAGACCACAGUGUGGCCCCUCUGUCCCCACCCACCAAAUGCACA